GAGGUCUCCUGUCUUUGACCAAAUUUUCAACAAAAAUUGAAAGAAAAUAAACCCAAAAUUAAUAUUUCCCGCAUUCUCCUUCCUAACAAUCCGUUGGUAGCAACCCGGCCAACACAACACAACGCACCUUCAUCUUCAUUUCUAUUCUCCUCUCUUCUCAAUCCCCCAUUUCUUCAAUUCCCCAUUCUUAAUUCUAAUUUCCAUCAUUAAUUCUAAUCUAAUCUAAUCAAUUUUAACCAGCUAGGGUUUUUCAUUUUCACGGAUCUAAUCUCACCGCCGAUUAAUAUGACUUCGCAAUUUGAUCGGUGGGAGAAAGAUCCCUUUUUUCCAGCUGCUGAACAAGUCCAGGAAUCUGCUGACAGGAUGGAAUCCGCGUAUCGGACGUGGGUUCAUGCGGUCAAGAAUAACUCCGGUAUGUUGAAGCCGGAUGAAAUUAAGAGGGACUUGCAGACGGCUCUCGGGACUACCAAGUGGCAGCUGGAGGAAUUCGAACGGGCAGUGAAAUCGAGUUACAAGAAUAGCACACUUGAUGAUGCGAAAGACAGGCAUCGUGAAUUUAUCCUAGCAAUGGAGGGGCAAAUAUCUAAAAUUAAUAGUGCUUUGCACAAAUCUGCUGUUUCAUCAGGCAAGCCACCUAACCCAUGGGUGCGCUUGGACGAGGGAGAAUGUAAUGAGCUCGAGUUGUUUCUCACUGGAUCGACGACUUCCAAAGGCAAGAAUUCCUCCAAAGUUCAGGGCCAGGACCAACUUUCUUCGAAGCCUUUGGAGGCUGAUAAAGCAUCUUCACUGGAACGUGUGAAGAACUUUUCGAACUCUGUUGAAUUGGCCCGCAUGGACCUUAAGCAUGAUAAGUUUCACGGCCAUCGUAGAACUGCAAGUGCUGCUGACAUUGGUAAUUGGAAUAUCGCAGUUGAUGAUAGUGUUUUGCUUCAGAGUUCUGGAGUUGUACGCCGUGAGCAGCCUCCACCGAAGAUACCCAGUGUUUCAGGUUUUUUAAAUACCAUGGAGUCUGCAUCUAAACUAAAGUGGCAGAAAAAUGGGAACAGGAAGUUGAAGCUUCCAGAUCGCCAACAAGAUGUUGACACUGCAUUAUUGCAACCUAAUAAUUUGCCUAAAGGAGUUAAUGCAUGCUAUGAGAGAUGUAAGAGUUGCCUUGAAAAUGGCGAUGAGUGUUGUGACAAACAACUCUAUGGUUGGUAUGGAGCCAUUCAGAGGCAGGUUCAGAGGUCGCAAUAUCAUAUGCAAUACAGUCGCCCAGUUCAAGUUGUCUUCUGGAUAACCCUCUUCCUUUGCUUCAUUGUUAUAGUUGCUCUACGCAGUAUCUGAAACGUUGUGGAUCCUUCAAAAAUUGGUAGGAAACAUUGUGCAGAGGUUCUUUUGAGUAAAGGCAGAUAUGGUUUUUCCUGUCACUUCUGUGGAUAGCUGAUAUUAAUACAGCAUUCCGGCAUGCUCAGUAUAGCGAGUUAUAGAAGGUCUAUGCACCUUCAAACCCAUUUUUGUCUCAUUGUGGUUAAGGAUCAUGGUUUGAAAAUGGGUUGCUGUUGAAUAUCAUGUUGGACAAAUGAUGAACUUUAUGAAAUGCAGAGGAGUUCGUGACUUGAGAGAAAAAGAGAGAACAUAUUGUAUUGAUUAUACUACUACUAGUUACAUGUAUGUACAGGACGAGUGCUUUAUAUACAGAACCUGAACCACUAAUCUUGUAACUAA